CGGGGCUCAGCUCGUGAGAAAGUCGGGGAGCAAGAGGAAGGAGAGGGAAGGCGUUUCUUCCGAGGAGAAGCAAGCCGAGGAGACUUCCACCGGUGGGGCGCCGGAUCGGAGAAGAAGCGGGCGCGCAAGGAUCCCGUUGAGGUUCGGCCUUCCUCUGUGGAGAGAGGUGAGCUCCAGGCCUUGGAGCCUAGCAACAAUUCUCGAGAUGACGUUCUCCCGGAUCCGUCUCUCGAUGGUGGUCUUCAGGGGACUUCUUCUAAGGUGAAGAAGAAGUCGAAAAAGAAUAAUAAGAAGAGUGCCGGCGAAUCCUCGGGGCACGAGAUAGCGCCCAAUACGGAGAAGGAAACCGUGGAGGCUCCGACUACUGCCGUUUCCCUCCCCAAGGCGGCGGUUCGUGAAGAUGCCCGGGGAUCGAACAGGUCCUCUCCGAAGGCUCAGGAGGGUAAGGCUGUGCCGAAGAACCUGCAGGGGUUUUGCCCGGAUAAAGUGGACUUCAUUUUCAAGCGGGACACUCCUCUCGUUUGUAACGAGAGAGAUUGCGCUCGUUUCGUCCGCCAAGUCCGGGGAAGUAGGGAGCAUCUCCCACUCGUCAAGGACUUAGUUUUCCAAGACGAGUACACCGCUGCUGCCGGUUCCUCGGUUAAGAGCCAAGGUGACUGGAACGAGGUCGUCCGCAUAUACGACAAAGAGCUGAAGAGGACCUAUGGUGUGAUUGAUAGGCAACGGCGCAACACCAAGGAGGCGACUGCCGCCUUAGAGGUCAUGCUGAAGAAGAAGGACGAAGCGGUUAUUGCAGAAGCGGCCAUGAGGGAUGAACUCUCCCAGAAAGAGGCGGCUAUGAACAAGGAGCUGAAGCGAGCCCGGGAGUUGGUUAAAGCGCUCGAGAAAGAGAAAACCAAGCUGGCAAACGAGAAGAAGACCCUCGAGGAAGAGAAGGCGGCUGCUGCCUUAGAGCAUUCCAAGGAGAUGGAUCGUCUCCGAGAGUCGCGCCGCUAUGAGGUUACUCACGAACGGAUCCGAGUAAUGGCGGCGAUGCAUGGGAAAGCCGCCGUUCGCUUCCAGAGGAUCCAGGAUCGGGAGUCCCGUCGUGAUAACUUUGAGGAUGCGAGAUGCAUGCUCGGCCAGGCUCGGGGGAUGAGACGUUGCCUUCAAGGGAUGAAAGCGGCAGGUAAAAACAUCUCUCAGGGAGAUAUUGAUAUCUACGUCGGGCAAGAGAGGCAUUAUGAUGCGGAGGUGAAGCGUUUGAUCGUAGAUGAUCUUCUCGAGAAGGACCUUUCUUUAUCUCCUCUCGUGCUCGAGUCGAGGUUCGUUAUCCAGGAGAUGAUGGAUAAAAUCGACAAAUUUGGGUCGAACAUGGACUUGCUCGACUCCGAGGCCGCCAAGACGCUUCGCACUCCCCUCAGAGCACCAGGGGAUCGAUCCGAAGAGCCGUCGAAGAGCCUUCUCGACACCGUUCAGUCGCCAGCUCGCCCUGAUGCUGUUCUCCCGGGUCAAGAAGUUGCCCUUAAGGACCCUUCCGUGGCUGAGGAGACGAACAAGUCAGCUCCCGACGAACCGAUCUCCAACACGCCGGUCAAUAUCUCCGACUCGCCGUCAUUCGAGGAUGCGGAUUCUGGCGCGAGUGAAGGACAUCUCGAGGGGCGGACUCUGGCGCGAGCGAAGAACAUCCCGAGGAGGAUCUUCCUGCCUUGGAUUAGUAUUCGAUGUUUGUUGUAUCUGACUUUUGGCGCUUGUGCCUUUAAAACUAUUUCCUUUUCUCGGCUAAGGCCUUUUGUUGUAUGAACUACUGCCUUGCUUUUUCUUCAGACCUUUUAUGAAUUUUUAUUAUAUAUUUCAGUAAGUCGUUUCCACUUAGAAAUAUGUAAAUCGUUUUUGUUUUUAACCGAGAAAGGAUACAUUCGAGCGGCUACUCGCGUUUGCCAGCGAGUUCCCAAUUUUUCAGAUAGAACAGGAAAUUAGAGGCGGUUGCUCGUUCGAAUCUUCUUUAUUCAACUAAACUUUUACAAGUGGUUGAUCAAGCGAUUACAAAGAGAAUCUCUAAUCGUUCUAUUGAAUUACCGAGGAAAAGGUUCCGAGACGCAUUGCAGUAACCGAGAGAACCGUUGGUCGGCCAAACCGUCGUUCUUCGGUUAGACUCGGUCUAGAAUUUCCAUCGGGUAGCCGGUCAAUGCGUGACGCACAGGUGACGCAAGGCUGUUAUUCCCUUCGACUGACGUCUGAUCAAGACCCAAUCGAUUGAUUUUGGGCGAGUGCUCGUACGCCGCUUGAAAAAGGGGUUGGCAUCGUUUACUAGAAAGUGACUGUUCGUCAUUCUUUCGCGAAAAAGUUUGGACUUUGUUUUGGUUGGGGCUGGACCCUGUGAAGGGAUGCCUACGUACCUCGGAUGAGGAUCAAGCCUUUCGUAGUUCGUUUGACCGAGUGAAAGUGGCUGUAGUAGCGCAUUCACUCGGACGAGUAGAAGUGACGGUUAGGUGCAUCUACUCGGUUUUUUUUUUUUUUUUUUUUUUU